AUGUUUUCGGAUCCUUUCAGAUAUCCACUUCCCUUUUUGCUGCCCUGGGCACUCCUUCCAAGCCUUGCUGUUCUCUAUCUGCUCGGUUGGAUCGUCUAUUGCCGGACCUUGCAUCCCCUGGCCAAGAUCCCGGGCCCUUUUCUCGCGUCCGUCUCGAGACUAUGGAUCAUGCACCAGACCUCGCACGGCAAGAUGCAAGACGUGCAACGCGAGCUGCACAGGAAAUACGGCCCCCUGAUCCGCAUCGCUCCGAACGAGAUCGCCUGUGCCGACCCCGAGGCGAUCCCACACAUCUACCGGACGACGAACGCGCUGUCAAAGUCUGACUUUUACCCUGUCUGGGGAAACAAGUCGUUCAGCAAGUACCCGGACCACUUCAGCUCCACGGACGAGAAACUCCACGCCCAGCGGAGACGGAUCGUCAGUCAUGUGUACAGUCUGUCGAACGUGCUGCGGUCGGAGCGGUACAUUGACAACUGCUCCAACCUCUUCAUGCAGCGUGUUGGGGAGUUUGCCGACCGAGGAGAAGCAUUCGAUCUCGGGCAAUGGCUGCAGAUGUAUGCCUUCGACGUCGUCGGCGAGCUGUACUUUGGCAAAAUGUUCGGCUUCAUGGAGUACCGCACCGACUACGAGUCCUACAUCCAGUCCCUCGACGCGCUUCUCCCCGUGCUCGCCGAGACGGGCCUGGCACCGACUUACAUGCGACCUUUUAUACUCGGCACCUCGCUGCUUAGUCCUACGGUCCGAAAGGCGCUCAAGGCCAUUGACCACAUCGCUCAGGCGGCGCGUGACUGUGUCAACAGGAGGCUGCAGGCUUUGUCGACGGGCAGUGAGGACGUCCGGACAGACCUCCUGCAGCAGCUCUUUGACAUCUCGCAGGAGAAAGGGGAGAAAUACGACUUCAAAGUGGGGGAGAUUCAGUACGAAUCUUACGUGGCAAUAUUUGCCGGGUCUGACACCACCGCCAUCGCCAUGCGCUCCGUCCUUUACCACCUGAUGAAGAACCCGACCGUGUACAAGGAGGUCAUGGCCGAGAUUGACGACGCGGACGAGCACGGCCUCCUCAGCAACCCGAUCCAGUACUCCGAGGCGGUCAAGCUGCCGCUCCUGUGCGCGUGCAUCAAGGAAGCAAUGCGUCUCCACCCCAGCGUCGGCCUCACCAUGCCCCGCGUGGCCCCCAAGGGCGGCCUGGUGCUCUGCGGCGAAGUCAUCCCGGGCGGGUAUCGCGUCGGCAUGAACGCCGCUGUCGUUCACCAUGACCAGAGGAUCUUUGGCGCCGACGCGGCCGAGUUCCGGCCCUCGCGCUGGCUGACCGCCGACGCCAAAACGAUGGACAAGUACAUGCUCCAUUUUGGGGCGGGGACGAGGACCUGUAUUGGCAAGAAUCUCCUGCGGACGUUUGACCUCGAGCUGGCCACGGACAGGCCGUGGGAGACGCAGAAUUUCUGGUUCAACAAGCAGACCGGGCUGGCUACGCGGGUCAGGCGACGAAGGGAUCGUGUCGCGCUGUCGAAUUGGUUUUUUUAUGUUUGA